CGCUGGAGGGGUUGGUACCCGGGGUCCCCGCGGCCUGGGGGACAAAGGGGGAACGGUUCGUGCAACCGGGAGGAGGGGGCGGGGCCGGUGCUCGGAGGCCCCGCCCCCUCCCCCUCCUCUCUUCUCGGCCUCUGAGAUGCGGGGUCUACCCAGAGGCAGGGGGCUGAUGCGGGCCCGGGGGAGGGGUCGUGCGGCCCCUCCCGGCAGCCGAGGUCGCGGAAGGGGGGGUGCCCACAGAGGAAGAGGUAGGCCCCGGAGCCUACUCUCUCUUCCCAGGGCCCAGGGGCCCUGGGUCCCCCAACUUCCUACCGGGCUGACCAGCCCUCCUAUCCCUUGUGUCGCCUCCCAGGGGGAGGUCCCCGCUGAGAUGGGGGCUCUGGUGCUGGACAAGGAGCUCAGAGGAGCCACCGAGAGAGUUCAUGGCUCCUUUGGGGACAACCCACUUAGUGAGGAGACCCUACCUAAGGCCAGCCCCGACUCUCUGGAGCCUGCUGGCCCCUCAUCCCCAGCAACUGUCACCGUCACUGUUGGCGAUGAGGGGGCCAACACCCCUGUAGGAGCCACACCACCCAUUGGGGAUGAACCUGAAAAUCUUGAGGGAGAUGGGGACCUGCAAGGGGGGCGCAUCCUGCUGGGUCAUGCCACAAAGUCAUUCCCCUCUUCACCCAGCAAAGGGGGUGCCUGUCCCAGCCGUGCCAAGAUGUCAAUGACAGGGGCUGGGAAAUCACCACCAUCUGUCCAGAGUUUGGCUAUGAGGCUGCUGAGUAUGCCAGGGGCCCAGGGGGCAGCAGCAUCAGGCCCUGAACCUACUCCAUCUACUACCAGCCCUGAGGGACAGCCCAAGAUCCACCGAGCCAGGAAAACCAUGUCCAAACCUGGAAAUGGACAGCCCCCAGUCCCUGAGAAGAGGCCCCCUGAAGUGCAGCAUUUCCGAAUGAGUGAUGAUGUGCACCCGCUUGGGAAGGUGACCUCAGAUGUGGCCAAAAGGAGGAAACUGAACUCAGGAGGUGGCCUGUCGGAGGAGUUGGGCUCUGCCCGGAGUUCAGGAGAAAUGACCCUGGAGAAGGCAAACCCUGGGUCCCUGGAGGAGUGGGAGACAGUGGUGGGGGAUGACUUCAGCCUCUACUAUGACUCCUACUCUGUGGACGAGCGUGUGGACUCUGACAGCAAGUCCGAGGUUGAAGCGCUUGCUGAACAACUGAGUGAGGAAGAGGAAGAAGAGGAGGAGGAAGAGGAGGAAGAGGAGGAGGAAGAGGAGGAAGAUGAGGAGUCAGGCAAUCAGUCUGACAGGAGUGGUUCCAGUGGCCGGCGAAAAGCCAAAAAGAAAUGGCGGAAGGACAGCCCAUGGGUGAAGCCCUCCCGGAAACGGCGGAAGCGGGAUCCUCCCCGGACCAAGGAGCCACGAGGAGUGAAUGGUGUGGGCUCCUCAGGCCCCAGUGAGUACAUGGAGGUCCCUCUGGGGUCCCUGGAGCUGCCCAGCGAGGGGACCCUCUCCCCCAACCACGCUGGGGUGUCCAACGACACAUCUUCACUGGAGACAGAACGCGGAUUUGAGGAGUUGCCCCUGUGCAGCUGCCGCAUGGAGGCGCCCAAGAUCGACCGCAUCAGCGAGCGAGCAGGGCACAAGUGCAUGGCCACAGAGAGUGUGGAUGGAGAGCUGUCGGGCUGCAAUGCUGCAAUCCUCAAGCGGGAGACCAUGAGGCCAUCAAGCCGUGUGGCCCUGAUGGUGCUCUGUGAGGCCCACCGCGCCCGCAUGGUCAAACACCACUGCUGCCCAGGCUGUGGCUACUUCUGUACGGCGGGCACCUUCCUGGAGUGCCACCCCGACUUCCGUGUGGCCCAUCGCUUCCACAAGGCCUGUGUGUCCCAGCUGAAUGGGAUGGUCUUCUGUCCCCACUGUGGGGAGGAUGCGUCCGAGGCCCAGGAGGUGACCAUCCCCUGGGGAGAUGGAGUGACACCGCCAGCUGGCACUGCAGCCCCUGCCCCCCUACCCCUGGCCCAGGACGCUCCUGGGAGAGCAGACACUUCUCAGCCCAGUGCCCGGAUGCGAGGGCAGGGGGAGCUCCGGCGCCCACCCUGUGACCCUGUGGCUGACACCAUUGACAGCUCAGGGCCCUCCCUGACCCUGCCCAGUGGAGGGUGCCUCUCAGCCGUGGGGCUGCCACCUGGACCAGGCCGGGAAGCCCUGGAGAAAGCACUAGUCAUCCAGGAGUCGGAGAGGCGGAAGAAACUGCGCUUCCACCCACGGCAGUUGUACCUGUCAGUGAAGCAGGGGGAGCUGCAGAAGGUCAUCCUGAUGCUGUUGGACAACCUGGACCCCAACUUCCAGAGCGACCAGCAGAGCAAGCGCACGCCCUUGCAUGCAGCCGCCCAGAAGGGCUCUGUGGAGAUCUGCCACGUGCUGCUACAGGCGGGAGCCAACAUCAACGCAGUGGACAAGCAGCAGCGGACGCCGCUGAUGGAGGCUGUGGUGAACAACCACCUGGAGGUGGCCCGCUACAUGGUGCAGCGUGGUGGCUGUGUCUAUAGCAAGGAGGAGGAUGGCUCCACCUGCCUCCACCACGCAGCCAAAAUUGGGAACCUGGAGAUGGUCAGCCUGCUGCUCAGCACGGGACAGGUGGACGUCAACGCCCAGGAUAGUGGGGGAUGGACGCCCAUCAUCUGGGCCGCAGAGCACAAGCACAUCGAGGUGAUCCGCAUGCUGCUCACACGGGGUGCCGAUGUCACCCUCACAGACAACGAAGAAAACAUUUGUCUGCACUGGGCCUCCUUCACUGGCAGCGCUGCCAUCGCGGAGGUCCUCCUGAAUGCCCGCUGCGACCUCCAUGCUGUCAACUACCACGGGGACACGCCCCUGCACAUCGCAGCCCGGGAGAGCUACCAUGACUGUGUGCUGUUGUUCCUGUCACGUGGAGCGAAUCCUGAGCUGCGCAACAAGGAGGGGGACACCGCAUGGGACCUGACUCCUGAGCGCUCUGACGUGUGGUUUGCACUGCAGCUCAACCGCAAGCUCCGGCUUGGCGUGGGGAACCGGGCCAUCCGCACUGAGAAGAUCAUCUGCCGGGACGUGGCCCGGGGCUAUGAGAAUGUGCCCAUUCCCUGUGUCAACGGCGUGGACGGGGAGCCUUGCCCCGAGGAUUAUAAGUACAUCUCGGAGAAUUGCGAGACAUCCACCAUGAACAUCGACCGUAACAUCACCCAUCUGCAGCACUGCACCUGUGUGGACGACUGCUCCAGCUCCAACUGCCUGUGCGGCCAGCUCAGCAUUCGCUGCUGGUAUGACAAGGAUGGGCGGCUGCUCCAGGAAUUUAACAAGAUCGAGCCCCCACUGAUCUUCGAGUGUAACCAGGCCUGCUCCUGCUGGAGAAACUGCAAGAACCGGGUGGUGCAGAGUGGCAUCAAGGUGCGACUGCAGCUCUACCGAACCGCCAAGAUGGGCUGGGGUGUCCGCGCCCUGCAGACCAUCCCCCAGGGAACCUUCAUCUGCGAGUAUGUCGGGGAGCUGAUCUCCGACGCCGAGGCCGAUGUGAGAGAGGAUGAUUCUUAUCUCUUCGACUUAGACAACAAGGAUGGAGAGGUAUACUGCAUCGAUGCCCGUUACUAUGGCAACAUCAGCCGAUUCAUCAACCACUUGUGUGACCCCAACAUCAUCCCCGUCCGGGUCUUCAUGCUGCACCAAGACCUGCGGUUUCCACGCAUUGCUUUCUUCAGUUCCCGAGACAUCCGGACCGGGGAGGAGCUGGGGUUUGACUAUGGCGACCGCUUCUGGGACAUCAAAAGCAAAUAUUUCACCUGCCAGUGUGGCUCUGAGAAGUGUAAGCACUCAGCUGAGGCCAUCGCCCUAGAGCAGAGCCGCCUGGCCCGCCUGGACCCCCACCCGGAGCUGCUGCCCGAGCUCAGCUCCCUGCCCUCUGUCAAUCCCUGAGAGUGGACCAUACUCUCCCUCCCCACCCCUGAGUGGCCACCAGCUUAGCAGCCGCCUCUGUCACUUGCUGCUCAUGGCCACACCCAGGGACACUGCCAUCUUUCCCCAUAGCCCUUCACACAUUCCUGGCCAGAGACCCCAGCCAGGCCCUGGGGGUCUGACAGCCCCUCUUCCAGGGCUGGUUCCUCCCUGGGAGGGUGACGUGGGCUGGCCGCCCCUCUGCUUCCCAACCUCAGCUAAAGUUUGAUGAACUGAAGUGGCCCUCUGCCAACUGGUUUCCUUUGUUCUCAAUAAAUACUGGGUUUGGUAACAAA